CUGCUCUACCGAGCAGCUCGCCCAGCCGCCAGUUCUCCCCGGCCUCCGCUCUCUCUGCCGGUGCUCCUCUCCUCCAGCUCAGGCGCCCGGCCGAGCGCCCCUUAUUCCGCAAUGUCGCCGAAUCGUGCCCCUGCUCCUUUUUGUCCAUGGCUCUGCUCGUCCUCCACCUCAGGGCUUGUUCGGUUAUUCCUACAUCAUAUGGAUUGGAUGGGAUUGGAAAAUUUUAGUAGACAAUAUGACUUGCUAUGGAUUUAAACUCACUCAAUCCCCUCCAACCCACAUGGAUUGAGAUGAAACCGAACAAGCCCUCAAGUUGCGCCCUGGGAUUUGCCCAAAACCUCAAUCGCCUCGACGCCAGUUCCCAGCUUCUACUCAAACGGCUUCAGGCUCGGACCGCGCCCUCCUCAGCCGGCGCUCAUCUUCCACGGCACUCAGUUUGCCCAGCUCCUCUCCCAUGGCCGCCCCCUCCCGCAGCUUCAUCUUCAGCCGCUCAGUUCCCUGGUGCGCGUGUUCCUGCUCCUUUCCACACCGCGCGACUGCAGACCGAGGAGCAAUCCGCGCCAGGUGCGUGCUCCAGGCCAGCGGCGCAGGUCUGGCCGUGGUGGUCAGCACGUUGGCUGUCCAGCCAUGUGGAGACGUGCGGUGGUGAGCAGGGCGUUCUUCCAUUGAUUUCCUGCUCGGCUCCCUCCCUGCUUCUCUUUCUCUCCCUCGGAUUUGUCAGCGGCCUCUGCUCGAAUUUUGUGUGCGCGAGCUCACCGUGGAGCUCCUCUACUUCCCAUGGUGCUCGCCCUCAAGCUCGCUCCUGUGCUCGUGCCCAGCCGAAGUUCCCUGUGUGCGCGCCCUGGUGUCCAUACGUUGCUGCGUGCGCGUGCUCGCCGGCCAUCUCCAGCUCUCUCAAGGCGCGCGCGAAGCUUUCCUAUUGGCCGCGCGCCGCUCCUUUUUUUUCUUGUAGCCGUGCGCGCGAAACUGCUGUCGCCGCAGCCCAUCUCCCUGAGUCCGUGCACGCGCGUCUCUGGCCCCAAUUUGGAGCUCGUCGGCCGCUCCUGAUGUAGCUGAGGUGCCCGAUCUUUCGGCGAGUAGAGAUAAUUCCGAUUUAGCAGAAGAUGACCCUUUCGAUCUGACUACGACGAGCAAACCUGAGGCGCCAAUGCAAUCGCUGAACUAACUCCCUGUAGUUACCGACCUUGCUGAUGCGAGAUCGGCCUGAUCACGAAGAUCGUUUCCUGUGUGUAAUCGAAGAACGAAGAAGAAAAAUAUGCGAGCAAUCUAAUCUAUUACUCAAGGGUAGAGUUAUGAAUACACGAAGACAGCGCAGAUUUGCGCGUGUUCGAG